AUGGCGCGGUCCGUCUCGCCACCGCCCAAGCAGGCCGACAGCAGGCCUCGGAGCACCGCGAGCGGCAGCUCCAAGCCGUCUCAGCAGCCUCGAGCCGUCUCCGCCGCCGCCUCAUCGGACAAGGGCCGCCCGCCUCGUCAAGGCGUCCCGCUCGCGCCCGAGGUCUUCACGUCGUUCCAGCAGACCCACAAGCACGUCAAGGGCGCGUCCGUGCCGCCUCGCGCGCGCGAGGGCUCGGCCUCGAACCGCUCGGCUCCGCCGCCGUCGCCCGUCAAGGCGAGGGGCGUGAGCGAGAUCUUGCGCGUCCAGGAGACCGAGGGCCUCGGGAGACUGUACAUGUGCAAGACGGAGGACGGCAAGAAGGUGCAGCGCUCUCGCACCGACCUCAAGCGUCUCGUUCCCGCGCUCCUCGAGGCGUUCGACGCUGCGCACUCGCCUGCCCCUACCCGUACCCGCUCGCGCGAGCCCGCCACCGCCGCCGCCCUCGACGAUGACGACUCGAGCGACGACGAGCUCGAGAUCGUCGUCAAGCCGAAACGCAAGCCCAAGCCGACCGCGCCGAGCCCGCCCAAGAAGAAGCUCGACAAGGGCAAGGGGCGGGCCGUCCAGCAGGGCGACGACGAUGAUGACGACGACGACGUCGAGAUGCGCGACGCGUCGAGCAGCUCGGGCGGCGAGGGCAACAAGGAGCAGGAGAAGGAGGCGGCGACGAGCAGCGACGACCCGGACGACCCGGACGACGAGGACGUCUCGGCGCCCUCGGGCUCGUCCUCGUCGUCGGACGAUGCCGCCCGCUCGGCCGACUCGGACGUCGACGACUACGGCCCACGCCGCUCGACGCGCGCAUCGUCGCGCCGCACGACCAAGGCGGCCAAGAAGCCCAUCCAGCAGGCUGGGCGCCGCUCGACCCGUCGCACGGCCCGCACGGCCAAGCGCUACUUCGGCAACGACGGCUCGGGCGACGCGUCGUCGUCGGACGGCGACAGCGGCGGCGACGAGAGCGCGUCGUCGCGGUCCGAGGCGCCUCGUGCGACCAGGACGUCGGCGCGCAUCACGAGGGCCUCGGCGACGCUCACGGGCUCGCGGUCGGGCACGGGCACACGCUCGCCCGAAGAGGACGAGCAGGAGGACGGCAAGGGCGAGUCGAGCGAUGAGCUGGGCAUUUUUGCGAGGCCGAGGAAGACGGCGCAGCAGGCGGUCGAGGACUCGGAGGACGACGACGACGUGUUCGUCGAGGACGGCGGGGCCGAGGCGGGCGAGGCGGAGGAGGACCGUCCACAAGACGACCAUCGCCAGAUCUGCGGCAAGUGCGGCCACGAGCCGGCCUCGGUCCUCCUGCAGCGCAUCGAGAAUCGCCGCAAGAACCGCAAGGGCGGUCGCAGGCGCAAGCGCGACGAGUUCGACGACGACACGGACGACCAGGAGGCGCGCGCCGAGAAGUUAGGCUCGUGGGUCGAGUGCGGCGUGUGCUGCCAGUCGUACCACUUCCUGUGCCUGCCGCCGCUGCAGAAGCGCGACCUCGUCGACAAGCUCAACGCCGACCACCUCGCCAAGCACGCUCCGCCUCCGCCUCCAGCUCCUCCUGUCGCCAAAGUCGCCGCCGACCCUGCCGCCGAGACGCCCGAUGGCGACAACCUCGCCGUCGUCGCCGAUGCAGCCCACACCGGGUCCGCCACGCCGGCGGCCCUCAGGGCGCCGACGGCCAAGCCGCUCGCCGCGCCCGUCCGCGCCAAGCGCGAGUUCAACACGAGCCGCGUGCUCACCAUCGCCAAAUGCCCGAUGUGCAAGAAGGCCGGCGGGAGAAAGUGCUUCGUGUGCGCCCUGAGUGGGAGGAGGGUCACGGCGCGCGAGAAGGAGGAGUUUUCGGCGCAGCUCGACGGCGUCGACGAGGUCGAGAAGGCGCUCAAGCCCGGCGUCAUGUUUCGGUGCACCAAGUGCAAACGCGUCGCGCACUACGGCUGCCUCGAGAACGACGAGCCCGACUGGUCGUUCGCGCAGCACGUCCGCAGCUACAACGAGUACGACGUCUGCCACCAGUGCUACAACUGGAACGCGCCGCUCAACGUCAUCCUCGCGUGGGCCGAGGCGGACCCGCUCCCCGAGGGCGACGGCGACGAUGUCGAGCCGGACGACGAGGCGGUCGCGCCGGUCGCCGGCGAGACCCGCAUCGACGACAAGACGCAGAAGGUGGUCGUGCUCCCGUCGAUCAAGGACUUGUGGGCCAACGUCAAGUACCUCGUCAAGUGGCAGGACAUGAGCUACCGCCGCCUCGAGUGGGUCCCGCACGCCUUCAUCGCCGCCAACUACCCGGGCAAGCUCGGCGGCUUCCUCGCGCGUGGGUCGCUCGUCAAGUUCGAGACGGCCAAGGACGACGACCCGGAGGACGCCGACCCGACCGACGACCAGGAGGACGCCGGCGAGGCGCCGCUGCCCGACCCGAACGCGCUCGAGCGCAUCCCCGAGGCGUGGCGCACGGUCGACCGGGUCCUCGACGUGUGGUACAAGCACCCCAAGACGGGCGUGGACACGCCGUUCGCCAGCUUCAAGAAGCGCCUGCCCGAGGACCCGGGCGAGAGCAUCAAGCUCGUGUCGCAGUGCUACUUCAAGUGGGGCGACCUCGCCUACAGCUCAUCGACGGUCGAGGAGCCGCCACAGUCGGACGAGGCCGGCUACGACGACUACGUCUCGGCCUACGAGGCCUUCCUCGUCGCGAGCCGCCCGCAGAUGAGCGUGCCCUCGCUCAGCGUCAAGCAGAUGGACCAGCUCGACGCGCCUCGAGACCCGGCGCGCUUCGUCGAGAUCGACGAGCAGCCCGACUACAUCGAGGGCCACCGCCUGCACGACUUUCAGCUCGCCGGCGUCAACUAUCUGCGCAAUCGCUGGUGGCUGCGCAAAGGAUGCAUCCUCGCCGACGAGAUGGGUCUCGGCAAGACGUGCCAGGUCAUCACCUUCCUCACGUACCUCAACAAGAAGGAGGGCGCUCGGCCGUUCCUCAUCCUCGUGCCCAACUCGCUCAUCGGCAACUGGAUGCGCGAGUUCUCGCAGUGGGCGCCGAGCAUGCGCGUCGUGCCCUACAACGGCGACGCCAACUCGCGCAAGAUCGUCGAGGACUACGAGCUAUUCGACUCGAACGGCGCGCUCAAGACGCAGGUCGUCCUCGCGACGUACGAGGCGUUCGCCAACAACGCGCGCGUCUUCCGCCAGGUCGACCGGUGGGACUGCCUCGUCGUCGACGAGGGUCAGCGCCUCAAGAGUGGGCCCGAGAGCCUCCUGUACGGCGCCAUCGCCUCGUUGCGUGUCGCACAGCGCAUCAUCCUGACCGGCACGCCCCUCAACAACAACAUCCACGAGCUCUUCAACCUGCUCCGCUUCAUCAACCCGGACGAGUACCGAGAUGGUCGCGUCGAAAAGCUCGUCAAGGAGUACGAGGAGCUCACGCCCGAGCGUGUCGAGAACAUUCGCGGCAUGCUUCGCCCGUACCUGUUGCGCCGCACCAAGGAGACGAUCGAGGUCGUCGUCCCUGUCACCAUGACGGUCCUGCAGCGUGGCCUGUACCGCAACAUCCUCGAGCGCAACGCCGCCGCCAUCCGCACGAUCGUCCAGACGUCGGGCUCGUCGCGCGAGCAGGCGACCAAGGGCAAGAAGAAGACGGGCACGUUCAGCAACAUCCUCAUGGAGCUCCGCAAGUCGCUGUGCCACCCGUACCUCGUCGACGCCGACAUGGAGCCGCUCGUCGCCUCGGCUCGCGACGCGCACCGCAACUUGACCGAGGCGUCGGCCAAGCUCGUACUUCUCGCGCGCAUGCUCCCGAGGCUCAAGGCGGCUGGCCACCGCGUCCUCAUCUUCUCCCAGUUCAAGAUCACGCUCAACAUCAUCGAGCGCUUCCUGUCGGGCCUCGACGUCGACUUCCUGCGUCUCGAUGGCGACACGCCGCAGCUCGACCGGCAACGAGACGUCGACAAGUUCAACGCGCCGGGCUCGAAGUACUUCGCGUACCUGCUCAGCACGAGGGCCGGCGGUGUCGGGCUCAACAUCACCUCGGCCGACGCUGUCAUCAUCUACGACCAGGACUUUAACCCGCAGCAGGACCUGCAGGCCAUCUCGCGCGCGCACCGCAUCGGCCAGACCAAGCCUGUGCGUGUCUUCAAGUUGGUCGUCAAGGGCACGUGCGAGGAGAAGAUCCUCGUCGCCGGCUCGAAGAAGCGUGGACUCGAGCACUUGAUCAUCCAACGCAUCGACGCUCAGGACGAGUCGGACGACGUCGAGGGCAUGCUCCAGUUCGGCGCCAAGGCCGUGUUCGACGAUCAGGCGGCCGAGGCGUCUGCGAUUCGGUAUAGCGACGCCGACAUCGACGAGCUCAUCGCCAAAACGGCCGACCCGGCCGCAAAGGAGUCCGACUCGGCCGCCACCUUCGCUCACGCCCAGAUGUGGACCCGUCAGAAGGACGGCGACGACGAUCCGGCCGCCCUGCCCGUCGCUGUCGAUGACGCCGUCCCGACGGCCGUCGAGGGCGUCCAGCAGGACCUGCACGACUUCUGGAGCAAGGUCGUCGACCAGCAGCAGCAGGCCGAGAAGGCCAACAAGGCGGCGCAGGCGGCGGCGGCCGGUCGGGGCAAGCGCAAGCGCGCCGAGGUCAACUACAAGCUCGACGUCGCGUACCACAACAAGGGCAAGACGCGCGGCACCUCGCCGCACUCGACCGCGACCGACCUCGACCUCAGCUCGGGCGACGACUACCGCCACCGCGACGAGCUCGACUCGGACGACGACUGGACCGGCCGCCUCGACGCCGACGACAAGCUCGUCCAGGUCGGCGACGACGGCAAGCAGAAGCCGUCAGGGCCGAGCAAGAAGAAGCAGAAGACGAAGCAUGCCGACGACGCUCGGGCCUCGACGCGCAAGCAAAAGGUCGUCUCGCUCCUGCAGCAGGCCAUCCAGAUCGGCUGUGUCGAGGCUCAAGGCGUCCUCGAGCGGGCGCAGCACGUUGAGACGGUCAAGGAACAGACACGCCUCGUUCUCGACGCCAUCAAGCACCUCGACAAGCACGCACUCGCGCUCAAGCAGAAGGCGCUCGUCGACAACGCCGCCGUCGCCAAUUCCGCGCACGUCGUCAAGCCCGUGUCGGUCCGCAAGGCCCCUGCGCCUACCUCAACGUCGAAGGACAAGCCUGUCGCUCGCGGCACGACGGCCUCGAGCUCUGCGUCCGGCAAGGGCGCCCGCCACGCUCCGACGACGGUCGCCAACCCGGUCAAGCCCGCCUCUUCCGCGACCGCCGCAUCCUCGCUCGACUCGCACGCCUCGCGUCCGUCUCUCGCCGCCAGCACGAGCAACGUCAAGUCGUCGUCCUCGACGGGCAUGGUUCGGGUCGACUCGGGCGGCGGCGCGUCCGACACGUCGCACAAGAGCUCGAGCGGCACCCCCAAGCUCAAGCAGACGGCGCUCUCGUUCGGCAAGCCGGUCGCCUCGCCCUCGUUGUCGUCGUCGUCGGCUGCGCACGCAGCAGCCGCUACUGCUGCGACGUCCGCUCCGCAGGCCGCCGCCGCCGCCCUCCCGUCGACGGUACCGCUCAAGCGCCCCUCGCCACCAUCCGCCGACCUGCCCAACCCGAAGAAGGAGCCGUCCGGCUCGCCCGCGCCGCACAAGAAGAAGCGCGAGGUCAUCGUCAUCUCGGACUCGGAGUAAUCCUCACUCACUCCUUCCCGUCUUUCUCUCGCUCUCGUCGACUCCCCGCUUGCCGUACCACACCC